AUGUCAGACAUUCUAUCUAAACCACUAAAUAUUCAACUUGAGGCAGUUCCUGUAGAUCUAACCCCUUUGGAUAUGCCAUAUCCUAAAGAUGUUUGCGCUUUUACUAUUGAUAAUGUAUGUACUCCUGAGGAGUGUGCCGCUCUCAUAAAGCUUUCAGAAGAGGGUGGUUAUGAGCCAGCAUUAGUAAAUGUUGGUGGGGGUGAUCAACAAUUAAUAACUGAUGUACGUAAUAACACACGUUACAUUCGGGAUGAUGUUAAACUUUCAUCAGAUUUAUGGUCACGAAUAUCAAAUUUUGUUCCAGAUACUUGGACAAAAGAUUCAUUUCCUGCUGUUGGAUUAAAUGAAAGAUUAAGAUUUUUAAAGUAUGAACCUGGUGAACGUUUUAAACCACAUCAAGAUGGAUCUUAUCAAAGUCCUGAUGGUUCAGAAACAACUUUUGUCACUUUACAAUUAUAUUUAAAUGAUGAAGGAUUAGAAGGUGGUUCUGAAGUUUUAAAAGGAAGAAAAUAUGUUAUAAGAACUGACGUUUUUUAUAAAACUGAGAAGUUUCGUAGAAUCAUAAAUUAA